AUGCAUAUCCUAGUUACCAACGACGACGGUCCUCCGUCAAACCAGUCCUCGCCGUACGUGCAUUCGCUCGUCCAUUCGCUCCAAGCCGCCGGCCACACCGUCUCAGUCGUUCUUCCACACCAGCAGCGUUCAUGGAUCGGUAAAGCGCAUAUUGUCGGUGCAUCCGUCAAGCCUACUUAUUUCCGGCCGGGUACCCUCCACCAUGAAGAUGGCACAACGCACCACCUGCCCCGAGGCAGUAAUGGUGAACCAAAUGACGGAGGUGACGAAUGGGUUCUGAUCGACUCGACCCCGGCAAGCUGUGUACAGAUCGGUCUCUAUCACUACUUCCAGGAGCGCGGUCCCAUCGACGUCAUUGUCUCCGGUCCCAACUAUGGGCGCAACACCACCGCACUAUUCGCAUUGUCUAGUGGAACCAUUGGCGCAGCCAUGGAAGGCGCCUGCUGUGGAAAGCGCUCAAUCGCUCUGUCUUACGCUUUCAGCUCCCGCAACCACGAUCCUAUUAUCAUCGCAGAGGCAUCGCGCCAUUCGGUCAAGUUGAUUGAGUAUCUAUGCGCCAACUGGGCGAAUGGCGUGGAUCUGUACAGCGUCAAUGUCCCUCUGGAGCCCGGCGUGAGUGAGAACAAAGUUCUUUACACCAAUAUGCUGGACAACAGAUGGACCUCUGGAAGUUGUUUCCAGGCUGCUGAGCCUACAUCCGCCGAUGACCCCGAUCUUCAAGAGAAACAGUUGCGUAACGAAGGCGAGGUGACAGGGAAGACACCUGGUCAGAGUGUCAGCACCAGUGACACGUCUGCUACUGGACAAACACUUAAACACAAGCACUUUACGUGGGCGCCGAGCUUCCAAGAUGUGUACCGCAGCGUUGAAGAAAGCGAACCUGGCAAUGAUGGCUGGGCGGUUAAGGAGCAGAUGACCAGUGUCACACCUCUCAAGGCCAAUUUCAUGCAUACCCUCGGAAUUUCUGGGGAGAUCAAACUAUCGGAUAAACAGCCUUCGCUAUACUCCAUCAUCGACUGCGAUGACUCCUACGUGCAAGAAAUGAUCGAACGUGCGAUUACCCGUCGCCUGGGAAGUGCGUGCAAGCGAGUCUCGUCUCUGGAUGACCUCCCAGAGAGAUCUGCACCGCUUUUCCAGUACCGCGAGUAUGAGCGCCUCGAAUUCGAACACAUCAUCUCCAGACCCUCGACAUCCCUCGCAAAUGCAUACAUCAUCCGCAAAGCUUUGAUCCGAAAGCACUACCUAUCGAACACGGUAGCCAAUUGGAUCUCAAAGCACCCUGACAGCGUGCUACGGAAGCACUUCAAACCGGCGUUCGACUUCGAAUUGGAUUAUGCCGAAUUCCUCGAUGAUGCCCUUCUCGAAGCAUACGAGCUGAACGACAGCCUCGCCAAGAAUGCAGAACGGCCAGACUCCGAAAAGGAAUGGUGGAUCCUUAAGCCCGGCAUGAGUGAUCGUGGACAGGGAAUCCGCAUCUUCAACAGCGAAGACCAACUCCGCGAGAUCUUCGAAGAGUGGGAAGACCCCUCUGACGACGAGUCCGGGUCCGAGAAGGAUGAAGAUGACGAGGACGAGGAUGCCAGCGGCGCUCACGACACAGGCGUCGUCACCUCGCAGCUCCGUCAUUUCCUCGUCCAGCCCUACAUCGACCCUCCACUCCUCCUCCCAUCGUCCUCCAACCGCAAGUUCCAUAUCCGAACCUACGUCCUCGCCUGCGGCUCUCUGAAAGUCUACGUUUUCAAGGAGAUGCUCGCCCUCUUCGCUGCAAAGGCCUACUGCGCCCCGCAUGAAGAAGAAGACGACGUCGCCGACCUUGCUCGCCAUCUUACCAACACUUGUUUCCAGGAGGGCGGUAGCUCUAAUGAAGGUAGCGUGCGCCGCUUCUGGGAUCUCGACCACCAUGUUCCAUGUCUCUCUGAUGACUGGAAAGAGAAGAUCUUCGACCAGAUCUGCGCUGUGACCGGGGAGGUAUUUGAGGCGGCGGCUCGGGGCAUGAUGAUUCAUUUUCAGACCCUGCCUAAUGCCUUUGAGCUCUUUGGUGUUGAUUUCCUUGUUGAUAGUGAUGGAUCUGCUUGGUUGUUAGAGCUUAAUGCGUUCCCGGAUUUCGCACAGACUGGUGAGGAUCUUAAGGAGGCUGUUGUUGGGAGGUUGUUCGAGGAGAUGGUUGAUAUUGCUGUUAAGCCUUUCUUUGGGCUUGGUGAGGGUGGUAAUGGUGAUUUGAAGUUGGUGGCUGAUCUUGAUCUGGGGAGAAAGGCUUAG